GGGCCUCAUGCGCACGCGCACUCCCAGCCCGCCGGCCCCGCCCCUCCGUGACUCUCCGUUUUGCUCACCCCUCUCUCUGCCCGCGGGACACACGCUAGCACCCGUUGCUGCCCGGCACGUCUUCCGCUUCUCCCCACCUCCUAGAGGCAAUGUUCCUAAGGGAUGCGUGCGCAUUGCCUCCUCCUCGCCCCGCCCCUCCGAUGACGGGCGGAUGUGGGUGGGGCCUCGGCCUGCAGGCGGGAGGCGAGCUGGCCCCGCCCCUGCGUCCUCGGGGGCGCGCGCCCCUAAUUCAGCGCCUUCCGGCUCCGGCGGCCACGUCGGGCUCGCGUCUGUCCCUGCUCGUCCGGAGGCCAGGCCUCCCCAGCCCCGCUCCGGCCGCUCCCCGGCUUCCGGGGCCCCUCGUACCAGGCCGCCUCGAGUUCGCUGGGGGUCUCCGGCGUCCGCGGAAGAGGACCCCGCCUGUCCCACCCCCCCGCAACCCUCCCCCAGCCCGGCGGGGAGGCGGGGCGCCGGCUCUGCCUAGCGCGGUUUCUCCCGUCGACCUCUUCUUGGCCGGAGGAGGUUAUCUUCAAAAUCUUCCUAAGACAAUUCAAAUGGAAGCUCUUCAGUUUCCUAGCAUGUUGCUGAUGUUUCACAGGCAUACAACAAUAAGGUCAGUACAAUACCACUGUAGACCUUUAGUUUGGUAGGCAAUCUAAUACCUCUUCUCUCCCAUGUUUUCCUUCAGAGAAUCCCAAACACUGAGCCUAACAAGGUUUUCUGACUCCAGGCCCAACCUUACGUCCACCUUAUUACCUAGUUGCCUCAGAAAAAUCCUUAAUUGCAUUCCAAAAUGUAAGUGUUAGGUUAGUUUGUGUGCCCUGUCAGAGCAUAGGGGCUGGUAAGGGAGGGAUUCUGGGUAAAUGCCUUGUGUUUUGGAAUUCUCCAUUGUUAAUACAUAAAGGUAUUAUCUUGUUGGCCUUUUCGCUUUAUUAUCUUUUGGAAACAACUCUAUUAUGUACUCUAUUACGGGGGCACAAUUCUUUUUGUUUGUUGACAGUAUCAGGGAAGGAUAAAAUUUUUAGUCCUCUAGCUUGUUGGUUUUGUGGUACAGAAAUCCUUUAUUGGAUUUUAAAACCAUGAACUUGUUUUAGAUUUAGCUAACAAAAAACGACAAUGAUACCUGUAAGAGAAGAAUAUUAAUUUGGUUCUUCUUGUCAUUCGACUAGAAUUUCAUUUGAUUCAGUGUCCCAAAGAAAUUUUAUUUUGACUUUAUAUUUUUAUGUAAUUUACUUUAGGAAUGUUAAUAGCAUGAGUAUUUUGCAGAAAAUAAAACAUCUCCCUUCCUAGAUGUACUUUUCCUGUUUUGUAUUAUGAUACUUAAAGAAAUUAUAGCGUUCAUAAUCAUGCCACACAAGGUGGCAGCACAUGACAACUUUAUGACUUUUAAUAUCAAGUUCAAACAUAGCACUGUGGAUUUCACGUGUAAGACGUAAACUGCCUCAGAGAGAUCACUUCUCUCUAAAUAUCCUCAGUAAUACCACACCAGAGUGUUCAUGCUUUGAUGCCAUUCAGCUGUGAGAGGGCUCAGGAUUGUUUGCUCUAUGAGUGCUGAUCAAAUCAUCUAUGCACAGCUUUAUAACAGCUGGCCAUGGUGCUGAUAAAAACAGGGCCUAAUACUUUCACCCUGAAGGCACAACACAGAAAUUUGCAUAUGAAAGGAUAGUGAA